AGCUUCUUCUUACAGACUGUAUGCAACACAAUCUGUGACAAGUGAAGGCAAACACCUGAGACUGUUCAACAAGGCAGCGGGAUUCGAUCCAUUGGCGAUGCCAUUCUGAGACCUCAGAAGUCACAGUCAGUUUGUUUUGAGUCAGGACAACAUGGCAAUCAGGAAGGCCGAGGUCCAGCGAAGGAUUGUGUCCAAGGAUGGCCACAACAACGUGCGGAUCGACAACGUGGAGGGCAUGGUGAAGCUGUACCUGCACGACAUCUGGACCACCGUGGUGGACAUGAAGUGGCGCUACAAACUCACUCUGUUUGCCUCCACCUUCGUCAUGACUUGGUUCAUCUUCGGUGUCUUUUUCUACUUCAUCGGCAUGGGCAACGGAGACUUUGAGCCUGAUUUGAGCGACAACCACACGUCCUGUGUGAAGAACGUGGAGACUCUCACCGGGGCCUUCCUGUUCUCUCUGGAGUCGCAGACCACUAUUGGUUAUGGUUUUCGUUACAUCUCGGAGGAAUGCCCUCUGGCGAUCUUCACUCUGGUGGUUCAGCUCGUCAUCACCGGCCUGGCCGAGAUCUUCGUCACUGGUGCCUUUCUGGCCAAACUGGCUCGCCCCAAGAAACGAGCAGAGACCAUCAAGUUCAGCCAGUCGGCGGUGAUCUGCCGGCACCAGGGCAAACUGUGUCUGAUGGUGAGAGUGGCCAACAUGAGGAAGAGUCUUUUGAUCCAGUGCCAGCUGACAGGAAAACUCCUCCACUCCAACGUGACGCAGGAAGGCGAGAAGACGCAAAUUCACCAGAGCUCUGUCGACUUCAACAGGGACUCCAGCGGAGAGUGCCCCUUCCUCAUCCUCCCGCUCACCUUCUACCACGUCCUGGAUGAGCAUAGCCCUCUUGCAGGGCUCAACGCCGAAAACCUGCAGACUCGUGAUUUUGAGCUGCUGGUGACCCUCAAUGCCACCAUGGAGUCGACAGCCGCCACAUGCCAGAGCCGCACCUCCUACGUCCCUCAGGAGAUCCUCUGGGGUUACGAGUUCAAGCCGGUGCUGUUCAGCACCGCUGGUGGCCGCUACGUGGCAGAUUUUAACUUUUUCGACAAGGUGCAGAUGAGCAACGAUGCGACCUUCCUCAGUAACAACACUGAGAAGCUGAAACUGGAGGAGGACUAUAAGAAAGAAUAGACGAUAAAUGUUUUAUGAUUGUUUGAUGUCACUGUUAUUGUAGAAGCAGAGAAGGGAAACCAUCACAACUUUACCUACUUCCAAUGUGCAGCCUGGAGAGGUAAAACUCCAGCAACACGAGUAACUUUGUUUUUAUUUAAUGCAUUUGAUAGUUUUAUGAUUUCACUUUAUCUACUCUAUUUAAAUGUUCUUCAUCAUGUGUUUUAUGAUGACUGAAAGCGUCCAACAUGUCCUCUUGAUUCUGCAAACAGGCGAACUAUUGCAGAUAGAGCUUGAAAAAGUGUCCAGAUUUACUGUGAGAACAACAACAUUCAGGGAGUCUGUUGAACCCUGAGUGAGCACGAGCCACUGCUUUUAG